CAUAUGGACUCAGGUCUGGAGCUGUCGGGAAGGAUUACUGCUGCAGUGCUAAGAGUCCCGUCGCCAGUGAAUGGCCUGCAAGCCCGGACCUUUGGGAUCUGGACACUGCUCUCCUCAGUGAUUCGCUGCCUCUGUGCCAUUGACAUUCACAACAAGACGCUCUACCAUAUCACACUGUGGACCUUCCUGCUUGCCUUGGGACACUUCCUCUCCGAGUUGUUUGUGUUUGGAACUGCAGCUCCCACAAUUGGCGUCCUGGCACCUCUGAUGGUGGCAAGUUUCUCAAUCCUGGGAAUGCUGGUCGGGCUCCAGUACCUAGAAGCAGAACCAGUAUCCAGACAGAAGAAGAGGAAUUAAGUCGGUUGGCACCGCCCCCUCCAAGGUUCCAUCUUCCCCAUUGCUGUCUCUGUCUUCCUCUCCGCCCUUUUGUUUUUGUUUUUAGCUUCCUCCUCAGCCCCUUUACUUUUAGCCUCAAGUUUUGCUGGGGUUUGUUUUUUUAUUUAAAAAAUACAUUGUUUUUUACAAAAAUUUCUAAGAUAAAUUGUAUGCAUGUAAUACAUACAUGUAUGUAACACAUCCAUACAAUACACAGUGGUUUCCAAGUGUAUACUCUAUCCAUCCAAGUCAGGAAACUCCAAGCCCUUCCCACCCGCACACCCCCUCCAGUCUUCUGCUGUUUGUAGUUGUUCUCUCCUUUUCUUUCUCUUCUUUGAUUUGGCUUUUGUGGUGGGAACAUAGGACUGUGAAACUCAAAGCUGCUGUCCACCCAGAGCAACGGGACCAAGGGCUGCGUCACCGCUGGUCUGCACACACCAGGCUCCUCUGCUGUGGACCCAACACUCAGCCAUCCAAGGGAUGCGCAGUUCUUCCAAUGCAGGCUCCACUCUGUGUGAGCAGACUGUGGUGGCUCUUUAAUCUAGAGGUAGUUGAAGAAUGAAAGGGUCUGGGCUGUUUUUAGACUUUAUGGUCACCUGUAUUUGUGAAACAAAUUUUGUAAUAAAUAGAAA